AUGAAGCGCCCUCUGGAGGAGUCUCAUGACGCCGAGCUCCCUUCGCCCUCGGACUCGAUCGCCUCGGCCAAACCGCCCUCGCCCACGGUCGCUGCUGCUGCGAGCAACGCGUCGUCGUUCCGCAAUGUCAGCGCCUGCAACCGCUGCCGCCUGCGCAAGAACCGCUGCGACCAGCGCCUGCCCUCGUGCGCGUCGUGCGACAAGGCGGGCGUCAAGUGCACGGGCUACGAUCCCAUUACGAAGCGCGAGAUUCCCCGCAGCUAUGUGUGGUACCUCGAAACACGCGUCGCCUACCUCGAGUCGCUGCUGAACGAGCACGCCGUCCCCUUCCAGCCCGCCCAAGACUUCAACCCGGCCUUCCACGCCGACGACAGCUCCGCAGUCAGGCCCGUCUCGGCGCCCCAAAACCGCAAUGGCAGCACAGCCGUCCCGUCCAAUGCGUCCACCAAGGAGGAGAACGAAAAGUACGACCGCGAGAAGCUCACCAAGCUCGUGUCCAACAUCGGCAUGGUGUCGGUCCAGGGCGCCAGCGACCCGCGCUAUCUAGGCUCUACGUCUGGCAUCUCGUUCGCCCGCGUUGUCUUCGCCGCCGUCAAGAGCUCCGUGUCGGGCUCGUCCUCUGAGCGCGGCAGUAACCGCGGCGGCAAGGCGACUAUGGCGGCUGUCGACGGCGGGACCUCGAUGCGCGACUCCUUCUUCGGCCUGCACACCAAGCCCACGUUCCGCCAGGCCCCCUUCCCCGACCGCGACCUCGGCGCCCGCCUAGUCGAGCUGUACUUUGAGCACGCGAAUCCGCAGAUCCCCAUCCUGCACCGCGGCGAGUUCAUGGAGCUGUUUGAGCGCGUCUACGCCAACGGGGAGCGCCACCGCACCUCGCGCGAGUCGUACAUGCUGAACAUCGUCUUUGCCAUAGGCGCCGGUAUUAUACUGGGCAGCUCCGACGCCGCCGACUCGCCGCCCUCAGACAAUCCCGUGUCGCCGAACAAGUCCCGCUCCUCGCCCCCCAGCAGCAAGCGACGGCGACUUGCAGGCCAGCAGCACCAGCCCGAGGAGUACCACGCCUCUGCAAUCGUCCACCUCGAAAACUUUCUCGGCUCUUCGCCCGCUGCGGACCGUCCCGACGGUUUCGGUGGGGGGCUGGAGGAGCUGCAGGCUGUAUUGCUUCUUGCCGGCUUUGCCCUGCUGCGACCCGUCGCCCCUGGCUUGUGGUACAUUGUUGGUGUGGCCGUCCGUCUCGGAGUCGACUUGGGGUUGCACUACGAAGACGGUGUGGGAAUUGACGGGGCAGGCUCGGAGGACCACGCUGCUGGGAAGCCCGAAUUCAAAGCCGAGGACUGCCAGAAUGGCCCCACCGCGGCUGCAGGUCGUGCAAACUCUCCCAAAAUAGACGCAAAGGAGAGGGGUCGCAGACAGUGGGUACGCGAUCUGCGACGGCGGCUGUGGUGGUGUGUGUAUUCGUUGGAUCGGCUGGUCAGCACAUGUGUAGGCAGACCAUUUGGUAUCACAGAUCAAAUCGUGACGACUGAGUUCCCCUCGCUCCUCGAUGAUCGCUACAUCACCAAGGAGGGAUUUCUCGAUCCGCCUCCACACCAAGCACAGCCGACGUACAAGAUUGUUGCCCAUCACUAUUUCCGCCUCAGACUGCUGCAGUCUGAAAUUCUACAGGUUCUGCAGCACCGCCAGGCACAGCAGGCACGAGUUAGUGGUGCAAAUCAAGCCAAUGAGUUUAUGCACACAAAACUGCCUUCGCCUUUCUUGGCAAACUUCGACUCGUUCCGCGCCUGGCGAGCCGACAUUGACAGACGCUUGCUGGAAUGGAAGGACGCUGCCCCAUCACAAAUGGAUGCGGGCGUGCAGUUCUCGCCGCUUUUCUUGGAACUUAACUACUGGCAAGCCCUGAUUAUGCUGUACCGGCAAAGUCUGGUGGUCCCCUCUGGCCUACAGAGUGAGCUUGGUGCUACGGGGUCUGAUGUUGGCAGUCCAUCUAUUGCCAGCAUGGAGGAACGGGAAGACGAAGACUUGGUCUUCCUCAAGGUGGCUGAAGCGGGCCAGAAGGUCCUGAAGUUGUAUCGACAGCUGCAUCGCGUGCACCUUGUCAACUACACGUUUCUGGCUACCCAUCAUUUGUUCAUGGCUGGUAUUUCCUUUUUGUACGCUGUGUGGCACAGUAUACAUGUACGCAGCCUACUGUCUCUCGACGACGUCGACUUCACCGUCUUAGCUGCAACAUCCGUCCUAGGCGACCUUAUGGACAAGUGCCCACCAGCAGAAGCCUGUCGAGACGCCUUCGACCGGAUGAGCAAAGCGACCAUCCAGAUGUGCAUGUCCACAACCGGCUUCGGCCCACAAGCCCUCCGUGCACUCCCACAAAUGCAGCACCACCGUCAGCCAUCCACUUCACCUACCACAACAUAUACGGACACGGCCAGGAACCCCAACUACUUCCAACAACAGCACUCGCGACGCCCUAUACCACGCUUCGACAUGAACCUCAAAGACCUAUUCUCCGACGACGAAACAGACAAACGAUCCUUCAGCCGUGUCAGCAACCAGGUCAACGCCAUGCGCCCCCCACCAACCCCAGCAGUAAAAGAGAACAUCUUCACAGCCGACCUAAAAAUCAGCCCCCAACUCCGAACCCACGGCUUCGCCUUCCCGACUGCCCAAACAAUCCACUCUCCACAGCAAAAUCACCCCCAACCCCGGCAAUCCUUCUCCCCGCCCCCAGCACAACCAAACACCCUCCCCUCCCCCUACCACCUCCCAAACCAACUCCCCUACAACGCUUUCACACAGAAUAUCAACCCCUCCUACCCAGAUCUCGGCUUCAACGACCUCGACUUCCUCGACAGCUUCCCCGUGCACGGCGGCAGCGUCGCCGCAGACGGAAACGCUAGUGGUGCGAGUGCCAGCGGCAACGCAAUGCAGGACGUGGGGAUUGGGUUCGGCAUGGGGUUUGGCGACGGGACGCAUGAUUGGAGCGAUGGGAAUGGGUUUGAUUUGUUCGAUGGGUUUUUCUUCGGCCCUGGGGGUACGGGUAUGUAG